AUGCAAUUUGAGCAGGAGUAUCCAGAAGCCGUCCAUGCCAUUGUUCAUCAGUAUUACGUGGACGACAUGCUGAUCAGUGCUGAGACAGUGGAGAAUGCAAUCCAGCUGGCGACGGAUGUGAAGAGAAUCCACGAAUCUGGUCGGUUUGAAAUACGAAAUUGGGUGUCCAGCUCAUCGCCGGUAGGUACUGCGCUAGACGGAGAAGAAACCGAGGAGAAAAACCUGAGCAUUGGAGAAGCAGAUACCACUGAAAAAGUGCUCGGAAUGUGGUGGAAUACUGCAGCGGACUGCUUUACAUACAAGCUGUCUUCCCGCCAUGAAACUGACCUGCUGUCUGGGCGUAAACGGCCUACAAAGCGCGAAGUGCUGAGGCCGAUCAGUCACUUCCUGAUGUUUCUCCGAAGCCUACUGCAGGAGAUCUAG